AUGCAGGCUGCCACACGACCCUUGCGCCAUGUGCGUGCCACUGGCGUUCUGAUGAAUUUUUUCCCUCUAGGAAAGUGCAGUGGCCCAGUGAACGCCCAUGUGCUGCUGCCGCGGAACAAUCUGGAUGGUAAGACGACGCACCACAUAAAUAAGAUACAGGGACAAACGAAGGACCCACAGCUUGUGCUCUCGCGGGAUGAGUUGAAGCUGCGGUGCGAAUACUGUCGCUUUGAGUGGCUCCAUGACACCCUCUGUGUCCGCUGCCCCGCUCAGCCAACGCACAACAAGCGUGAGAUGUGGCUGCAGCCGACGUGGAUGUGGGGCAGACAGCAGCCGUAUCAGUACUAUAAAUACAUGCCGGCGGUACGCAAUCCCAGGACGGGCAUGCCGCUGGCUCGCGAGGAUGCAAGUGGCAUGAACAACGAGAGGCGUGGGCAGGGGCUCACCACGAAAACGCGCCUGCUAGAGAAGGAGCGACGCGGUAUCUCUAGGGCGGUGAGCAACAUUGGGAGGUACAACACCCGCUGGCAGACGCGAUUUCCCUUUCCAGUGUAG